AUGGAAAUCAAUAAAAGAACAGAGAGGAAUAAAGAGCAUCAGUAUGAGACAUCAGAGGCAGACAUUCAGAACGCUGAAGACGAUCUUCCCAGGAUCUUCAAGGAUCUUGAGCAUGAAAUAAACACAUUUCAGAAGAAAGAGCUGGAAAGGUUUCAGAAGAUAUUAAGAAAUGGAAACAUACAAGACUUAGUGAAAGACUAUAAGGACAGAAACCAAAUCAGAGAAGCAUUUCUUGAUAUCACACUCCACUUUCUCAGAUGUUUGAAACAAGAUGAACAUGCUGAUAAGCUGGAAGAUGAGCUGGUCUACAUCUGUAAACUGAAAUCUAACCUGGAGAAGAGGUGUCAACGUGUAUUUGAAGGAAUUACAAAUCAUGGUGACUCCACACUUCUAAAUAAGAUCUACACAGAUCUUUACAUCACUCAGGGUGGAGGUGAACAAAUCAAUACUGAACAUGAGAUAAGACAGAUUGAAGUCACUUCCAGGCAUCUAGAAACAUCAGAGACACAGAUUGAAUUCAGAGAUUUGUUCAAACCACAUGAACGAGACCAAAACAUCAGAUCUGUGCUAACAAAAGGAGUUGCUGGCAUUGGAAAAUCUUUCUCUGUGCAAAAGUUUGUUCUAGACUGGGCCGAAGGAAAGGAAAAUCAAGAUAUCAGUUUCAUAUUCCCUCUUCCUUUUCGAGAGUUGAAUUUAAAGGAUAAAGAAAGAGUAAGUCUGAUGGACCUUAUAAUUCAGUUUUUUCCAGAGAUAAAAGGACUGAACCUUACAAGAAAAAAAGUGCUGCUGAUCUUUGAUGGAUUGGAUGAAUGUCGUCUUCCUCUGAAGUUUGACAGUAAUGAGAUUCUGCGUGAUGUCACAUCUCCUGCUUCUCUGGAUGUUCUCCUAACAAACCUCAUCAAAGGAUAUCUGUUUCCUUCUGCUCUCAUCUGGAUAACCACCAGACCAGCAGCAGCCAGUAAGAUAAUACCUGAAUGUAUUGACCGGGUGACAGAGGUACGAGGAUUCAAUGAUGCACAGAAGGUGGAGUACUUCAGAAAAAGAUUCACUGAUGAGAAUAUGGCCAACACAAUCAUUGAUCAUGUUAAAAAAUCAAAGAGUCUCUUCAUCAUGUGUCACAUCCCAGUCUUCUGCUGGAUUUCAGCCACUGUCCUUCAGAACAUUCUGGAGAAGAAGAGAAACAACCAGUCUGACAAAAAAUCUGAAGAUACUCCUAAAACUCUGACACAAAUGUACACACAUUUCUUUCGCUUUCAGAUUCAACAAAGCAGAAGAAAGUAUGAAGGAGAAUAUUCACCUGAUAUUUGCUGGGAUAAAGAUGUUAUCCUUUCACUGGGAAAACUGGCAUUUCAAAACCUGGAGAAAAGCAAUUUGAUCUUCUAUGACUCAGACUUGGAGGCCUGUGGCAUUGAUAUAACUAAAGCAUCAGUUUACUCAGGGAUGUGCACACAGAUCUUUAAACAGGAAACAGGGAUAAUAACUGGUACCAUGUACUGUUUUGUUCAUUUAAGCAUUCAGGAGUUUACUGCAGCUCUGUAUGCACAUCUGUUUCUGGACAUGACAAAGAAAAAUGUGUUUGUUCAAGAUCACACAGGACAGGAAAACAAUGAAACAAUGAUUGGUUUACUGAAGACUGCAGUGGAUAAAGCACUUGACAGUGAAAAUGGACAUCUGGAUCUUUUCCUUCGCUUCCUCCUGGGUCUGACACUUGAGUCCAGUCGUCCGCUCUUACGAGGUCUUUUAACACAAGAAGAGAGCAAUGAACAGAGCAACAAGAAGAUAGUUGAGUACAUCAAGCUGAAAUUUAAUGAUAAUUCAUCAGCAGAGAGAUCCAUCAAUCUGUUUUACUGUCUGAAUGAACUGAAUGAUCAAUCUCUGGUGAAGGAGAUUCAAAAGCAUCUUAAUGAAGGAAGUCUCUCAUCUGCUGACCUUUCACCUGCUCAGUGGUCUGCUCUGGUCUUUGUGUUGCUGACAUCAGAAGAAGAAAUGGAGGUCUUUGAGCUUCAGAAAUUCAAGAAAUCAGAUGAAUGUCUCAUUAGAUUAUCACCAGUUGUCAAAACAGCCAAAAAGGCUUUGCUAAAUGAUUGUUAUCUAACAGAUAAAGGUUGUUCAGCUAUAGCUAAAGUUCUGGGGUCAGAUAGCCAUCUGACAGAGGUCAACAUGAGCAAUAAUAAACUGAAGGAUUCAGGAGUCAAGCUGCUCUGUGAUGGACUCAUGAACACAAAGUGUGAAUUAAAGAUCCUAAGGCUAAAUAAAUGUGAGCUGACAGAGAAAAGUUGUUCAGCUCUAUCUACAGUUCUCAGUUCAGACUUCAACAGUCUAAAGGAGCUUGAUCUGAACAAUAAUAAUCUACAGGAUUCAGGAGUUAAGCUGCUCUCUGAUGGACUGAUGAAUGUUAAAUGUGGACUUGAAAUACUGAGUCUGUCACGCUGUAAUAUUGGAGAAGAAGGUUAUGUUGCUUUAUAUUCAGCUGUGAGAUCAAACCCAUCACAUCUGAUAGAGCUGGAUCUCAGAGGAAAUGAUCCUGGAGAAUCAGGAGUUAAACUCAUUUAUCAGUUAAUACAAGAUCAAAACUGUACACUGAAGAAAGUCAGAUUGUUACAGAGUCCUUCUGCAAAAGAAGCUCAUCGGUAUCUGAAUAAAGUUGUUGGUAAAGAGAUUUUACUCCAGAGAGAUCUGAAUUUGAAUGAUCAUAAACUACAAGAUUCAAUACUGCUACAGAUCUGUGAUCUACUGAAGGAUAAACACUGUAGACUCAACAAACUCAUAUUGAGUGGUUGUGGUCUAACAGAAGAAAGUUGUUCAGCUUUAGCUUCAGUUUUAAGAUCAAAGCCCGGUCUAAAAGAGCUCGACAUGAGCAACAAUAAUCUACAGGAUUCAGGAGUCAAGAAACUUCACAACGGAUUACAAAAUACAAACUGUCAACUACACAAACUCAGAUUGAGUGGUUGUGGUCUUACAGAAGAAAGUUGUUCAGCUUUAGCUUCAGUUUUAAGAUCAAAGUCCGGUCUAAAAGAGCUCGACAUGAGCAACAAUAAUCUACAGGAUUCAGGAGUCAAGAAACUUCACAACGGAUUAGAAAAUACAAACUGUCAACUACACAAACUCAGUCUCUCAUGCUGUAGUAUUGGAGAAGAAGGUUAUGUUGCUUUAUGUUCAGCUGUGAGAUCAAACCCUUCACAUCUGACAGAGCUGGAUCUCAGUGGAAAUGAUCCUGGAGAAUCAGGAGUCAAACUCAUCUAUGAUUUAAUACAAGAUCCAAAAUGUGCACUGAAGACUGUCAGGUUAUUGAAAAGCUCUUCUGCAGUUGAAGUCUUCAAGUAUCUGAGUGAAACUCUUGGUAUAAAUCCUUUACUCCAGAGAGAACUGAAUCUGAGUAAACAUAAACUAAACAACACAAGAGUGAAACAGAUCUGUGAUCUACUGAAGGAUAAACACUGUAGACUCAACACACUCAGGCUAGGACAGUGUGGUUUGAAAGAUGAAGUUUUUUUUGCUGUACGUUUAAAUCCUUCACAUCUAAAACAGCUGGACCUAGGUGGAAAUAAACUAGGAGACGUUGAAGUUGAAUCUCUCUGUUUUCUACUGGGAAGUAAACAUGUAAAGCUGGAAACACUAGGGUUGUGUGGUUGCAGUAUUACAGAGAAACAUUGUGUUCAUCUGAUUUCAGCCCUGUAUUCAAACCCUUCACACCUGAGAGAGCUGAACCUCAGUGAGAAUAAACUUAAAGACUCAGGAAUUAAACACUUGUGUCAUCUUCUGAAACAUUCAGACUGCAAACUGGAGAAACUAAAGUUGUGUGGAUGCAGUAUUGAAAAUAAAAGGUGUUAUAAACUGAUUUCAGCUCUGUGUUCAAACCCUUCACACCUGAGAGAGCUGAACUUCAGUCGGAAUAAAAUCAAGGACUCAGGAGUAAAACAUUUAUGUGAUCUACUGAAUAAUUCAGACUGCAGACUGGAAAAACUGAACCUAAACAAGUGUAAAAUCACAGAUGUUGAUUCUUUAGCUACAACUUUGGCUGAUACAACAACAACAUUGAGGUUUCUUGAUCUGGGAAACAAUAAAAUAAAAGACACAUCAUUGAAUCAGCUUCAUGAAGUACUGAAGAGAUCUAACUGUGAACUCAGUUAA